ACAUGGAUUUGGUUGGAACCCUAAAAUCUGGGAUUGCAUCCAGUGAUAUGAUCCAUGACCUGAGGGGCCUAAGCUCAUUCAUGCUUGUAAUGAUCUGCCAGGGUUAGGCACUGGGAAAGUACUGACAACAGGAGCACUGGGGAAACCUCAGACCUCUUCAGAGCUGUGGGAAGCAGCUUUCCUCUUAGGAUCUGCUCUUGAAGGUAAGUGCUCUGUUCUGACUGAGAACAAGUGCUCUUUUCCCUUUGAAUACAAAUUUAGUGUUAAAUUAUAACAGAUGCUGAGAUGAGCAGUCUCUGGAGAAGGUUGCUGACCUUCAAAUCUCUGUGGCCAUCUUGUAGAUUAGUCUUUAGUCCUGACCAUCAAUGCAACUGGGAGGGGAAGAAAACUGGAUGUAUUUCAUGGGAUCCUUGAGCUGGCAGUUCCAGUGCCCCUGGAAUGGUAUGAGUGCACAGACAGAGAGGUUUGGACCUGUCUUACCCCUCCAGGGUGACAGCAGUAUUUCAGGUAGGAAGGAGUGAUCCUCUUCACUGGCAUGAAGGAGAUCUGAACAUUCUGGGUGUUUGCUGUACCGUGGUUUCUCCCUGAGAUCAAGACAGCUGUUGUGCAGAGGGGUGGGUGGGAAUGUCAAGGAAUGGAAACCUUUCCAUUCAAGCCUGCAGUUGCUGUAGCUGAGAGCUAACCCGGAGUUGUCCAGGGCAGCAGCGUGCCUGGCCUCCCUUUGUUUGAGCCCAGUUGUGCUGUAGCUGCUGAGUUGCUCAUUUCUGUCAGGACUAAAAUCCCUCUGGGCGUGUUCAGAGCUGCAGCUCCAGACAACUUGGGAACUUUUUCAGUUCAAACACAGGAAGUGCCAUGGGCAAGGUGGUUGAGCAAGAGUUUCUCAAGUUCACAAUUUUCAAAGUAGGUAGGUGCAUAUAUUUCAGUGAAAUCCUUUCCACUAUCCUCACUCCUUUUCUAAUCUAGACUUUGCUGACUAGUUUAUUUUAAUUGGGUAAUUCUGUUGUUUACACUGAACAUAAGAUUCAGUGUAAAAGAUUGUUCAGCAUUUCUUGAUCUACACUUUGCCAGUUGGAAGUAUCUAAAUUGCAGCAAUAUCUCUGACACUGAUAUGAUAAGCUGAGUGGGAAAGGUAGAGUGGUGUAUGAUAAUUUUGGAUAAAUCCUAGGCUUAUUUGUCAGUGAUUACUACAACUGUAUAGGCUUUUAUAAAGAGUUUAGACAUGUCAGGACAGUGUGUAGAAUGUAGCAAGAAAUGCAGGUGUCCAUAACCUGAUUUUUUUAAAUACAGCAAAUCCAGUUGCAGUCCAAUUGUAUUUAAUUCUUACAGGCUUGAGGCUGAUUGUGUGCCCACCUGAUUAUUAGAAGUAUUAGAAGUUAUGUUUCCCUUCUCAGAAAGCCACUGUUUUAAUUUUUAGAAUGUUUUAGUUGUAAAAGUGGGUGAACAUAGUUUGUAUCUGACAACUAGAUACCUUAAUGUGUUGAUAUUUUACCAUUUAUGAGCUGGGAUGGAGUUAAAUUGAGGAGUUGGGGGUUUUUUAUUGCACACAAAUUGAGGGUGAACCAUGAAGGCGGAUUGGACUUCCUUGGCUGUACUGAGAAAACCAACCACAAAAAAAGUACCUUGCUAAAGAAUUUGUGUUUUAAUCAAUUGGUGGGUGUAGAAAGUGGUUUGGUUAGGUUUUGGUUGGGUUUUUUCAAUGAUAUAAAGUUUUUAGGCACAGCUGUUAUUUCAUGUCCUAGAACAAAUUAAUUCAGCUGCAGAACCUGUUACCAGUGUUAAGUUAGAGCUUGGGAAUUGGGGCAGUGUGCCUUACCUUUGGGUAUUGAUAGCUGUCAACUUUUCUUGUAUUAUUUCAAAGCCAGACAGAACAAUCAGAUGACCUGUGUGGACACAGUUUUCUCUCUCAGGACUCCUGAAAUGUUCACAGUUUGCCAUUAAUGCAGUUUGGUGGAGUUUACCUUCAACAUCAAUAGAAUCAGUUAAGCUUUAAUGAGCAUGGCAUACAUCCUAAAGACACUCAACAGCUGGUUCUGGUGGGAGAAUAUCUGGAUGCCCAUCAACUGCACAUGGGCAGAUUUUGUGGACCGUGAGGGACUCGUGUUUCCCAAACCCCACCAGCUGUACGCCACAAUCCCGUACGCUUUCGUGCUGCUCAUCAUCCGCUUCUUCAGUGAGAGAUAUGUUGCUAUACCUUUAGCAAAAGCCUUGGGUAUAAAGAAUGUAAGACGUGUGAAGCCGCAGCCUAAUCCUGUGCUAGAGAGUUAUUUCCGGGAGUGCUCAAGACAACCAUCCCAAUCAGAGAUCAAAGGCCUUGCCAAGAAGUGCAACUGCACCGUCCACUUGGUGGAGAAAUGGUUCAGGAGACGGCGAAACCUGGAGAUCCCAACCGUGCUCCGGAAGUUCCAGGAGGCUUUCUGGCGAUUUUCAUUCUAUCUGACAUCCUCCAUUGUUGGAUUUAUAUUUCUGUAUGAUAAACCCUGGUUUUACGACAUCUGGCAGACGUGGGUUGGUUAUCCGUUUCAGACCUUGCUGCCAUCCCAGUACUGGUACUACAUGGCCGAGAUCGGCUUUUACUGGUCUCUCAUAUUUACCCUUGGCAUUGACAUCAAGCGCAAGGAUUUCAUGGCCCACGUCGUUCAUCACCUGGCAGCCAUCGGGCUGAUGAGCGGCUCUUGGUGCGGCAAUUACGUGCGCCUUGGAACUCUGGUGAUGUUCGUGCACGACACUGCCGAUUUCUGGCUCGAGGCAGCCAAAAUGUUUAAUUAUGCUCGCUGGGAGAAAACUUGCAACAUACUGUUCAUCAUCUUCUCUAUUGCAUUCUUCAUCACCAGGAUGAUCCUGUUCCCCUUCUGGAUUCUUCGUGCCACACUAUAUCUGCCUACCUACUACUCCACCACUCCUGUCAUAGCAUAUUUCUUAUUCAAUGGGAUGCUAUUAACCCUCCAAGGCUUGCAUUUAUAUUGGGGUUACUUAAUUUUCAAGAUUUUGAAAAGGUUCGUUUUCCUAAAGGACUUGAAAGAUGAUCGGAGUGAUGAAGAGGAGGAAGAUUCUCUUACAGACACUGAAGAGGAGUCCACAAAGAGUGGCACCAAGAACAGCAGUGGGUCAGGCAAGCACCUCCUGAGCAGCAGUCACCACUAGCCCUGUCCUGCCUCACCUCCUGCAGUGAUUCCUGCUCUGGUUUCAGCCCAACCUACAGGACAGGAUUUAAGUCAAAAGGCUUGUGAGAGACUGUGAUUGAUUUAUUGUUGGCUACUGGGCCUGGAAAAAAGCCCAGUUUGGAGGGGAGGGAGAAAUUGCAUAACAUUACAAAAUGUGUUAAUGACCCACUUUCAGAAUCGUUGUGGAGUGUGUGGAAAGAUGUUUGGACACGCUGUCUGACAGUGCUCCACAAGGGCAAAGCUCAAGAGAGUCAAGUAAUUUAGUGUCCCGUUGAUUCUAAUGUUUUUCAACCUGAUAUAAGAUAUAUUUCAUCAAACAAUUUAAAUCACAGAUGUUUUGUGGUAGGUAGGUAGUGUGAGCUCCAUUAGGAACCAGAAUUACUCAAUGUGGGAAAAAUUUGAUAGUGCUAUACAGUGACUGGCAUUUUAUCUGUACUUUUCAGUUUAAACCCUCAUCAAAAUGGGUAUUUUUCUGACUUAUAUUUCAUUUCCUGGAUGCCAGGGGAAGCGAACAUGGAGGAAUUCAAAUUACUUGUCUGUGAAGGGUUGGCUUCAGUUUAGAAAUAUAGUCUUUCUCUGAAGUGAUAGAUAGCUGAAAUAUUGUGUCAAGGAAGUCACUGUUAAAACCCCAAAACUCAGCCCCAAUUCUCCAUUGAGAUCCAGGCUUCUCAAAUGUCUUUCAGUCAUUUUGGCCCAGUGUUAGAACAGAAGGUGCAGAGGGAAGAGAAGAGGGGAAAUGGGGAUUGGGAAAAACACCCUCUGCUCCUCACUCAUCUUCAGACCAGAAAGUUAAAGCCAAAUCUCAUCCAUUCCCUUCUUGUGACCUUGUCUCACAGCUUUGGAUGCUGCCUUCUCUGGAGUGAGGCCACCAAGCUCUGAUUUGUGGUUCUGGAGUGUUCACUGCAGGUACCUGGGCACUGGGGAGCACAGGACUGGCACAGGAUAUCACACUGCCACUGCUGGGGGUUCUUUGAUACCAGGAUCUGCAUUUCCAUCUCUGCUUUUUUAUAAAAUGGGGAAUCACGUCAGCUAGACCCAAACUUGGAUGUGUGGGACUUCAGCCACAGGGUGUUUAUGCUGUAACCUGUGGGUAACAGCUCAAAGUGCCUCUAUCCUAAAUCUGCACUUCUGUUCUAACACAAGUGGGGCUGCAGCAGCAUUUUCAGUCCUGGGGCUCUCCAUGGAGAGCACAGGCCUUGUAAACAGGGUGGUGCCAGUCCCAUUUCCCUCUGCAUUAGCUCACAGGGUCAUAAAGGAUUUGUGUCAUAAGUCUGGGAGGUGAGAGGCUCUGCAUGUGGUUCCACAGUAGCUGAGAUCAUCAGGGGAGCUAAAUCCAGUAGUUUGAUGGAGGCCAGGGGAGCACUCCUAGAGCAGCCUCAGGCAGAGCGCUCGGGUCAGAGCGGCUCCGUUCCCCUCCUGCAGGAAUUGGUGACCUACAGGAAGUGUUACAGGCCUGACUUGUUUUCCCAAGGUUUCCUUGGCAAGUGGGAUGUCAUUCAGUGACUGAAGCAUUGAAAGAAUGGGAAAUGUUUGGGAUCUCAAGAUAUGAAGCAAGAACUCUGUUUCAUGCAGUUACAAGAAGCUGGUACAGAGUCUUUUUUUUACAGUGUCUACAUUUUUACUUGUAUUUUGACCAUUUUGGACCCCAAUGUGCAUGUUUUACCACAAAAGGAAUUACACUGAGGAAGAGGCAUGGGCUACAGCUUCUGAGAAGGAAGGGAGAUGUGUGGUGGUGGAAAAGGACCCCUGUCCUGGUGCUUGUGGUUCACUUGGGCUGAGUGGGCAGAACCCUGUGAGCAGCCUUUGGCCACCAGUGCCCUUCCUGCAUGGAUGACAACACCUCAAAUACUGCAAGGGGGGAGUAUGGGGAGUUUCAGCCCUGAUGGCAACAUGCAAAGCAGCUGCAGAGUUUGGCAGGGGCACAGUUGUUAUCGGGGCCCGUUUAUUGCCUGAGUGAAAAACACUUUCCUAACAAAACGUGGAAAUCCGGCGUCUUGGAGGAUUUACACUUCCUUGGGAGAGACAACGGCGCUUUCUUCGAGAUCUAACGGGCUUUGGGAGGUGGCCAGGGUAUUAUCAUUUGAUUUUGGUGCCAGAAGCUUUCCUCCUAUGACUAGGAAAGGAAACACAAAGGAUGAUGUUGUCACAGGAAUGAGCCUCUGAACAACUACUGAUUUUUAAACUGGAAUUUAUAGUCUCCUUGAGGCCAAAACUUUGCCUUUCCUACUCAGGACAAGUCUCCCACUGAAGCCAAUUAACUCUAUUGGAGUCUUGCCUAGGAAAAAUUUUGGACUGCAGUCAUCCAACCUAAUUGCAAGAACUGUUGUUCUAAGUUGAUGUGAAACUGGGAUCUUAGAGGAAGAACAAAAGGUAGACAAAUACACUCAGGUAUAAAACUUUGAGGGAAAUUUUGGGUGAGUACAGAAGAAUAUGGAAGAAAGUAACUUCUUCAUCCUGAAGGUGAACUCUGGGCACAAUAAGCUACUAAGUAAGAUUGCAGGGGGAGGGGUGGAAGGCAGGCAGGAAUGGAGGGCCCUUUCCAGGGAUUACUGUCUUGGACAACUAAGGGGAUUAGACUUAAAAAUUCUGAAUGUAAACCACUGGGUCCUGGUAAUAAAUACCCACAGCACAGAAAGAAGUGGGAAUGGGCUGUCAGAGUGCCCUCUGUCAACAUCAGAUUGGUCAUUCCUGGAGUUAUUUGCAUUUAAUUUCCCCCUUUCUACUGAUGGAAACUUAGAAAGAAGAAGCUGAGGUCAUGGGGGCACAAUUUCUGCUAAAGAAAUUUAUGUCAUGGUGCUUCAAGAUUUUCAGUCUAUUCAAUGCAAUGCAAUGAAGAUUCAACAUUUUUAUAAUCUUGUUGUACAAAGAGUCUCAAAGUGCAGGUGCAGAACAACUGUGGGUGUGUGUGGGAGCACAGGUAGACUCUGACAUUUUCUUUUUACCAUUUCACACACUGUGUCCUGGUUCAAUGAGCUGACACUGUGCAUCUGGCUUUGCUGUGUCACUUUGACUGUGCCACAUAUUUCUGAUAGAGCUCUAGACUGCAAAUCAGAUCUUAGUCCAUAAGAUGCAGGGGAAACUCUUCUGUUCUGUUUAAUUUCUCUGGAUUUAACUCAUAUAUUCCUGUCCAUGUGUACUCUGCUUCCUCCAUACUUGUGUCAGAUUUGUCAGCCUGCUCUGGAUUGGGUUUACAGAUCUCCUUUAACCACAGAACUCAUUUUGACUGUUCAUGUUAUUUGGUAUAAUUAUCACUUUUUUGUUCUUAAUGGCACUGACUUUGGUAAGUUGAAAUACACACUACAAAUAAAUAUUUUUU